UAUUUCGGUCAUAAAUUAUACGCCACCUAGUAGUACCAUAGAUAAUAUAUUAUCUAUGAGUAGUGCCUACUGUAUUACAACUGUUGUUUGUUUUGAUUAUUUGAUUAUGACCUGAUAAAAUCGUGGGCGGAUAAUGAUAAUAUGUUGUGUGUUUUUUAAUUUAAGUUUUUAGUAUUUACCAUUUAGCAUUUUAGCAGUUACAUCUUAUAAUAUAGACUAUAGUCUAGUAUAGUAGUUUUCUUAGCUCGUACGGAUUAUCAAAUUCAAUAUUUAAUAAUAAGUAUUAUGAUCACUUUCUAUUCUUGAGUUAAUUCUUAUAAAUUUAUCAAUAGGAAUUUUUAAAACCAUGUAAGUUGUAGUUAGACAAAUAAACUUGAUUUUUUGAAACAUGACUGCUGAUAGAAGAACAACUACAGACUAUCGUUUACAACUUUUACAAGAAAUGCGAUGUCAGAAUUAUGAUAUGAUACGCUUUGCAUCUUAUAGAACAGCAUGUAAAUUAAGAUAUGUGCAAAAAAAAGUUUAUUUACACAUGAUUGAUAUAUGGAAUGUGAUUGAAGCAUUUCGUGAAAAUGGAUUAAAUACACUGGAAUCUCACGUCGAAGUAAAUGUUUCCAAAUUUGAAACACUAAUAACAAGUCUAUAUGUUAAUUUGAAUAAGCGAUUACCUACUCAACAACAUGUACAUGAUGAUUUAUUAACUACAAUUCUUCUUAAUUGGAUUAUGUCAGUUUAUUCUGCUAAUGAUACUAUGGGAAGAAUAAGAGUAUUAUCUAUAAAAGUAGCUUUGGUUACAAUGUGUUCAGGGAAACUUAUGGAUAAACUUAGAUAUAUAUUUUCACAAAUAUGUGAUCAAAACGGACAUAUGGUAGCUUGGAAAUUUCGAGAAUAUCUACAAGAAGUAUUAGUACUUCCUUCAGCUGUAUAUGAAUCUCCUUCUUUUCAUUAUAGUGAUCAGAUAUCGGCUGAAAUAUUUUCUGGGAAUGGUAAAGUAACUGUAAACGAUUUUAUGGAUUCAAUGAUGUCAGAUCCUGGACCUGCUUGUCUUGUAUGGUUACCAUUAUUGCAUCGAUUAGCUAAUGUUGAAAAUGUUACUCAUCCUAUUUCUUGUGAUGCUUGUCGACGUGAUAACUUUACUGGAUUCCGAUAUCGUUGUCAAAAAUGUCAUAAUUUUCAAAUGUGUCAAGAAUGCUUUUGGAGAGGACGAGUUGCAUCUAGUCAUACAAUUGAACAUGAUGUUAAAGAGUAUACUAGUUAUAAAUCUCCAAGUAAACAAAUUGGACAUUCUCUUAGAAAAUCAUUUCGCUGUGUGCCAGAAAAAGAAAAAGCUAGUAUACCACGUUUUCCUGAGGAACCAGAAAAGACUAUUAAUUUAUCACAUAUAAUACCUCCAUCACCUUUACCAUGCCACAAUGGUUUUUCUGAAUUAUCUAUUAGUAGUCAAUUUAAUACAUUGGAUAGUAAAACAAGUACAAGAAGUCCUGAUAAGCGCACAAUGAGUUUAGAUUAUACUUCAAUGGAUGAUGAACAUAAAUUAAUUGCACGUUAUGCUGCACGACUUGCUGCUGAAGCUAAAGUAGGUAGAGCUCCAUCAGAAGGUUCAUUAAGCUUGGAUACUUCUAGAGCUCAAAGAGAACUUAUUAUUCAACUGGAAUCUAAAAAUAGAGAAAUUAUGAAAGAAAUUUCAAGACUUAGAAAACAGCAAGAAAUGGAAGGUUAUUGUUCUGGAUUUUCUGAAGAUAAUCCAGCACUUAUGAGUGAACUACGGGCAUUAAGAAAUAGAAAACAUGAAUUAGAAUCACAUUUAACAUCUUUACAGGAUUCUAGAAGACAACUAAUGGACCAAUUAGAGGGAUUAAUGAAACUUCUAAAAAAUCAUCAAGGGUCUCCACGUUCAACUCCAAAUUCAUCACCACGCUCAACUAAAUCUCCUCCUUCCUCAAAAUCUGCACCCCCUACACCUGGUGGAACGUUAACUUCAGCUUCAUCACUGUCUAUCAUGUCUAUGUCUGACUCAUUAAUGGUUGGAGAUGUAAGAUCAGCAUUUACUGGAAACCCCCUAACAUCUACACCUGUAAGUACAUCUAGUUUAAAUUCUGGCACAACAAGUGGUUCUGUGACAGGUGGCAAUCGAAGUUUAAGAAACGAUUUGUUAGUCGCUGCAGAUUCAGUGACAAAUGCUAUGUCAUCAUUAGUCAAGGAGUUAAACUCUGAGAGCCCAGUGAAUGAAAAUAUAUCCAACUCUGCAAUUCUCAAACCAUUAGGUUAUAAUAAAAAAGAAGAUGAAAAUAUAAAAAUUAAUAAAGAUUUUAGAAGUGAUAGUUUAUCUAGAAGUCAAUAUAAUAAGGCGAAGAUGCAAAAUAAUCAAACAGAUAGUUGCACAUCUCCUGCUAAUAUGAGACGUGCUACUAAUUCCGGUUCAAAAACUAAUUCUCCUGAAGCUGAUUCUAUGACAAGAUGGCGAUAACUUUUUUGAAAUUAUCUUUGAAUAACUUUUACAGUUUUGAUUUAUUUUUAAUAAACAAUUAAACUAAGUAUUAUAUAGGUAUAGUAUAAUAUUAAUGCUAGUUUUUUAACCAAGUCAUUUGUUUGUUUGUUUGUUUUUUUUUUUUUUGUUUUAUUUACUUUUUAAUAUCUAUUGUUGAUUAGGUUUAUACUAUUCUAUAAUUGGACUAGCUAUAUUUAUAACUUAACUCAUUAAUCAUUAUUGGUUGUUACCUAAUGGAAAGUAUUAUAUAAUAUGAUUGAUAAAAGUAUUAGUUUGAACAGUAUAUAAUAUUAGUCUUCCAAUCUCUAAAAUAACUGUAAAGAGAAAUUAAGUAUUAUGUGUUAUCUUAAUUAAAUUUAUAAAAAUUAAUUAUUAUUAAAACUAUACUAAUAAAGUGAAUUAAGUUACAUUGUAUUAGUCGACUGUAACUCAAACAAUGAUAUCUCAACAUUUUGGAUAUCUUGAGUGUAUCAUUUUUUUCUUUGAACGCUAUAUACAGUGAAACUUCCAUAUAAAGCAUUUCCAUUUAAAAAUUUUUCUAUUUAACGAAUUAUUUUUGAAAACCAUGACCUUCAUUGUUAAUAAUUGUGCGUUAAUUCUAUUUAACAAAUCCCUCUACUAUUCAAUUUUUUUUUGUUCCCCAUGAAACUUUGUUAAAUAGAAGUUUCACUGUAACUUAAUUGGA